AUGGUCCUUGAUCGUUAUCUCGAUGAGAGUUCAACUAAUUCUUGGGAACUUGAGGCUGUGCCUAGUGACCCACAAGUUCAACAAUGGAACAAGGAGUUCGAGGAGGCACUGAAAGAAUUGGAGGAGGAGAAGAAGAAAGUGGCAAUGAUUGAAGAGUGGAAUAAGGUAUGUGAAAAUGAUGGUGAUGCGAGGUUUUGGUGGGAUGAACCUAUUGAUGAUAUGGGGUUAGAGGAGCUUGAGGAAUAUGUGAGGGCCAUGCAAGAGUUGAAGAAGAAUGUGGCUUCUAGAGCAAGUGAAUUAACCAUGGCCAAUUAUCAUUUUGGUAAUCAAAAAAUGAGUCAUCUUGAUGUUGAGGUUAACGGAUUUAGUCUUGAUGGGGUUUUUUUGAAGAAUUAG